UUUUUUUCACCUGCAGUCAGGCGAGCUUCAGCCGUUGGACGUUGAACGUUGAUCCUACACUCAAUGCGCUGCUCACACCGAAUAUCUACUUCACCCAGUCUUCCAUAAUUAGAUGCUUCAUAUUCAUUCGACGGUUCAGACACCACGACCGAUGUCAUUUUGAUAGCAUGCGACAACGUACACUUCCACGCGCACAAACUCAUUCUCUCACUUGUGUCAUCUUUUGUCAUCUUUUCUCAAAGACAUGCUCGCGAUAGCUCAGCCACCGGCCAACAGGGAUCCAUUCCUACAAUUCCGAUGGCCGAAGAUGGUCAGACCAUCGGGACAAUUCUUCGCUUUUGCUACCCUACUAAGGAUCUAUCAUUCAAGGACAUAUCUGUAUUGUACCAUGUGUUGGUAACCAUGGCCAGGAAAUACCUUACGCAGGACGUAGCUCUCAGGACUCGAAGCGAGCUACGUAAGUUCUGCGACUCUGGAACGGAGCCCUUACGGUCUUUGCGAUUGCUUUACGCUAUAGAAGCAAGAGGCAGCCGCGGCUGCAGAUGCGGUACUCCAAAGACCUCUACUGACACGGGAAGAUGACGAUAUCCCGACAUCCUCGAGUUACCACGUAUUAUAUAUCGACUUUUAAGGUUCCACAAACAACGUACGGAUGACGCUUACAAGUUGGCUUACAUCGAUGGGGAUGAACUUCACGGCUGAACCUAUUUUUUCGGGAAAGGAUGCUUCAUAAUCAUUCGAUAGUUCGGAUAACAUGGCCAAUUAUUCUGAUACCAUGCGCACAAAUUCAUUCUCUCACUCGCGUCGCCCUUCUUCUAAGACAUGUUCGCCUUAACCCAGGCGCCUGUUGAUAGAUCAGAACCCGAAGCGAGCGGUGUAGAUUCUCCGGCAAUGAACCC